CGCUCGCGCCCGCUGCUUAGCGUUGGGGCGCCGCUCGCUUCUCCGGGCAUCGCGGAAAUCCCGCCGCAGACGGACACAAUGGCGGCAGCGGCCGCCACCACGGCCGCCUGCAGCGGCGGCAGCAGCGCCGGCACCGACGCCGCGGGCACCAGCGGAUUGCAGCAGCCGCCGCAGCCCCAGUCCACGGCCGCCGCGCCGGCCCAGCCGCCGCCCGACCCCCCCCGGAAGCCGCGCGUGGACCCACGGCGCCGCCAGGCUGCCCUCUCCUUCCUUACCAACAUCUCGCUGGACGGCCGGCCGCCGCCGCAGGACGCGGAGUGGGGCGGCGGCGAGGAGGGCGGCGCGGCCAAGCUGGGCGCCGGCGGCGCCUGCGGCGCGAGGACUCGGCUCAGCCUACUUGCCGCCGCGGAGCGGGGCGGCUGCAGCGCGCUCGCCGCGCUGGGCACGCAGACCACGGGGUUGGUUGCUGGGUCUGGCCCCUGCCUCCCGCAGCCUUCGUCGCUGCCGCCCUGGAUCCCCGGCGGCCACGCGACCGUGCCCGGCCCCGGGGUGGCACGGGGGUUCGGGAGCCCUCUGGGCGCCGGCCGGACGUCGGGGGAGCAGUGGCAGCUGCCCCGGUCGGCGCCUUUCGCUGCCAGUGCUCAACAGCAGCUGCUGGACGGGCCCGGGGGCGCCUGGCAGGAGGAGUUGGAGGAGGACGAUGCCUUUACCAGCGUGCAGGUGCCAGCGACCGCCUUCUUGGGCUCCGGGACCCCCGGGAGUGGGAGCGGCAGUCGGAGCCGCCUCAACUCGUUCACUCAGGGAAUCCUGCCCAUCGCCUUCUCCAGGCCGACUUCGCAAACCUACUGCUCCCUGGAGCAGCCAGGCCAGGGCGGCAGCACUAGCGCCUUCGAGCAGCUGCAGAGGUCCCGACGGCGCCUCAUCUCUCAGAGAUCUUCCUUAGAAACCCUGGAAGAUAUUGAGGAGAAUGCCCCUCUCCGGAGAUGUCGAACUCUCUCAGGUUCGCCCAGACCAAAGAAUUUUAAGAAGAUCCAUUUUAUCAAGAACAUGCGGCAACACGAUACCAGGAACGGCAGAAUAGUCCUUAUCAGUGGCAGAAGAUCCUUCUGUAGUAUAUUUUCAGUGCUGCCGUAUCGCGACAGUACCCAAGCCGGGGACUUGAAGUUGGAUGGAGGAAGACAAUCAGCUGGCGCAGUGAGUUUGAAAGAGAUCAUUGGUCUGGAAGGUGUGGAGCUGGGUGCUGACGGGAAGACUGUUUCCUAUACCCAAUUUCUGUUACCCACAAAUGCCUUUGGAGCCCGGAGAAAUACCAUAGACUCCACCUCCUCUUUCUCCCAGUUCCGUAACCUGAGCCACCGCAGCCUCUCCAUAGGCCGGGCAAGCGGCACCCAGGGGAGCCUCGACACAGGUAGCGACCUGGGAGACUUUUUGGACUAUGACCCAAAUCUCUUGGAUGACCCCCAGUGGCCUUGUGGCAAGCACAAACGCGUUCUGAUCUUCCCUUCCUACAUGNNAACAGUGAUUGACUAUGUGAAGCCCUCUGAUCUCAAAAAGGACAUGAACGAGACCUUCAAGGAGAAGUUUCCUCACAUUAAGCUGACACUCAGCAAAAUUAGGAGCCUGAAACGAGAGAUGCGGAAGCUUGCGCAGGAGGACUGUGGCCUCGAGGAGCCCACGGUGGCCAUGGCCUUCGUCUACUUUGAAAAGCUCGCCCUCAAGGGAAAGCUCAACAAACAGAACCGGAAGCUUUGUGCUGGAGCAUGUGUGCUGUUAGCAGCCAAAAUUGGAAGUGACCUCAAAAAACAAGAAGUCAAGCAUUUAAUUGACAAACUGGAAGAGAAGUUCCGGCUGAACAGGCGAGAACUGAUUGCCUUUGAAUUCCCGGUGUUGGUGGCCUUGGAGUUUGCCCUCCACUUGCCGGAGCACGAAGUCAUGCCUCACUACAGACGCCUGGUCCAGAGCUCCUAGCAGCAGCCCCAACGAAAGCCAAGGACCAUUUCUUCUCUGCUCACUGGAGCAACACUUACUACUGGAAAUGAAAAAAAAAAACAGAACUCAAAAUACCAGACUUUUCUUCCUCUCUACAUGGUUUGGGGAGAAGCAGUACUAGAAACUUUCCAGAGAGUCUUGGGUGUAGCCAAGAGG